AUGGGACUCCUCCGUCUGAUACUCCGCUACGUGCUCGUCCGUCGAUCCCCGCUCGCGCUCGGUACUACCUUACUUGUCCCUAAUCCCAACAGCAAAUUCUUAGACGUGUUCACUUCCAUUCUCCGCGCCUGCCACGAAACCUACCACAUCAGUCUCCCCAUCCUUUACGGCGAAAAUUUCAUUACAACCAGCACGCCUUCGAGCUCAAAACAUUUCGACGCUCUCCUCCAGGCUCUGCCCGUGAAGCACCGUCAAUUUCUCCGGCAUAUUCGCCUUGAGAUUGAUUGGGGAGACGAGCUAUGGGCACACUUGCCCCUUGUCUCGAAGGGGCUGCAGGAUCUCCAAUUAUUGCGGAACCUGGAAAUAGAUAUUGUGGCAUCUCAUGCCCUAGAGGACGUGAGGGUGCGAAUGAGGAGGGAAGGUAAGGUGGUAGACAGGAUGGUGGAGAUUGAGAGGAAGAUCCUGAAGGAUAUGGUUGGGGGGCUGAAAGGGCUGAAGGUGUUUAAGUUGAGAGGGUUCGUGGACGGGGAUUUUGCGGGGAAAUUAGAAAGAGUGGUGUGUGAGAGAAGGCGAUGA